AUGGUAAUAAAAUCCGGGUCGAUGCCGGAUCGAAUACGGGUGCUGGCAACGAAAUCUGGUCCAGCGCCGGCGCGAAUAAGAGUGCUUACGAUAAAUCCGGGCCGAUGCCGGCGCGAAUACGACCGUAGCCUAACUUCCUGGAGGAAAAUUAAUGAACUUGGAUUAAGUGCGACUUAUAAGCAAAAUGAAAACAUAAGACACUUUGUAGGAAUGGUCGAUGGGCUCGCCUUUCUACGAAUCCAAGAUGUGGAAGAAGGGAUAAUUUAUUUGUUAAAUAACAUCCCAAAUAAUGAUGACGACAUAAGAAAAUUUGUCAAUUAUUUUGAUGAAUUUUAUUGUCGUGGAAAAUUAAGAAUAGUGCCCGGCAAUAAUCCACUCACCAUACUUUUGAGGAGGACACCACCAGUAUUUCCCCCUGAACUUUGGAACAUGAAUGAAAUAACAGUUAGUGGGAAUGCUCGAACAAACAAUAUUUGCGAAGGCUGGAACAGUUCUUUUAGGAGUUUAGUGGGCCAUUCUAACCCGUCAAUUUGGAACUUACUGAGAGCUUUCCAGUUAGACAGAUCGAUGAAUAUCAAUGCAUUUAAUCAACUUCAAGAAGGUCGACCAACCUUGAAAAAAACAUCUCAACACACAAUUAACCAUCAACGAAGAUUGCGAAACAUUUGCAACGAUCUGAAUAAUGAGUUUGUUACCAUACCCAUAGCUUUACAAGCGAUAGGACAUACCAUACUACUUACAAGAGAUUACGAUUACAUUUAA